AGUGAUAAUAAAAUGCAUACUGUUAUGGAAGUGGAAACCAGUGUCCCGGCAUUCCUUGGGAAACUUUGGAAAUUAGUUGAAGAUCCUGAGACUGACGACCUUAUUUGUUGGGCACCCAAUGGAAGAAGUUUUUUUAUUAGAAAUCCGGCCCAAUUUGCUAGAGAACUAUUACCACAUUAUUAUAAACAUAAUAAUAUGGCUAGUUUUGUACGUCAAUUGAAUAUGUAUGGAUUUCACAAGAAGGUAUCCGUUGAACUUGGAGGUUUGAAAUGUGAAAGGGAUGAAAUGGAAUUUGCGCAUCAGUAUUUUAUUAAAGAUCAUCCUUAUUUACUAGAACACAUCAAGAGAAAGAUUGCAUCCAGUAAAACUCAGGAUGGUCAUCCUCCGAUAAAAGCUGAAGUAAUGAAUAAAGUUUUGAGUGAAGUGAGAAGCAUGCGUGGACGACAGGAACACAUGGACUCGAGACUUGGAGCUAUGAAAAGAGAAAACGAAGCACUGUGGCGUGAGCUGGCGAUGCUCAGACGAAAGCAUCUUAAACAACAAGAAAUCGUCAACAAACUCAUACAUUUCUUAGUGACACUUGUGCAGCCAUCAAGAAGUGGAGGUCUCUCUGUUAAAAGACGAUAUCCUUUGAUGAUCGAUGAUCAUCAACGCAGCAAACAGAUGAAAGUAGAUAAACUUGUACCCGAAGCUUCUCCUACUGGCCCUGUAAUUCACGAGCUAGAUGCCUCCGAACAUGAGCAUCACGUUGAUGAUCUUGACUCUGAGUACAUCGUUGCUGAAAUGCUGGAGAAUCAUCACCCAUCUGUCCAAAGUCCCGAGUCCAUAGUCGGUUUGGACGACGAACAUAUUGAGACAGUUCACUUUUCUCAAAAUACAACCGGUAAAAAUGAUCAAACAGAAACCCAAGAAACGUCUUCUAAGAUAAAAGUUGCCUUGAAACCAAAAAAGAAGAGGAAAAACACAGUGCCUGUCAAAAUUCUGAUCCCACCGACGGAAAUCGGAGAAGAACCCAGGGAAGAAACUUUAAUGCUCGAAGUUUACCCGAGCGAAUCUACUCAGCCCCCGACACAAUUAUUGGAGAAAAAGCCAUCAGUGAAGCAACAGGUAAAACCGAUACCAAUUAAGACUGUAAGAAGCUCAAAACUUGCAGCGAUGGCAGCAAACAUCAACAAGUUAAACGAUUCAUCAGAAGCAGACGAGGAUUCCGAUGAGAUUGACAACGAUCUUAAGGAAGUUGUCGCUGCUGCAACUGUUGCUGAUGACAGUGAAUCAAACAGCAUCAAUUUGGACGAUAUGUUUAUUAUUCCUGACAUGCUAGCCGAUACUGCCGCUACUGCUACAAGUCCCGCAAACAGUGAAGAUGCUGGAGAAAAAAAUAAACAAAAAUCUCGUGGACUAGGUCAAGAUGACACCAGUAAUGGAAAUGCUAGACAUUCUGGUGAUAAGUUGAAACAGGAAGCUCCGAAACCGGGUCCACAGUCCAAGACAACGACUUCAAACAAUAAUGGUGGUGACGCAGGUUCCAGCAGCAAGACCAGUAAUUUGUCAUUGAGUUGUGUUAGCCCUUCGAGCAUGUCUAAUUCAUCUUACAGGUUAGGAUCGAUGGAAGAAAUGGAUAAUCAUCUGGAAGCAAUGCACAAUGAUUUGGAAAAUCUUCGUGAAAUGUUACGCAGUGAAGGUUACACAAUUGAUGCCAACACAUUAAUGGAACUAUUCGGUAAUAAUGAUCCAAUGUCAUUUGGUAUACCAGUAAACCCUGAAUUAAAUCCAACACAUGAAAAAGAUGAUGAAGAUCCAAUUGGUGCAAAUGGAGCAACUGGUGGAGAAUUAAUGGCUUACACACCGUCCAAUCUUCUAGACUUCGACGAUGACAUGUUCCUUAACACCAAUAACUUGGGCACUGAAUGUACAGAUACUCAGAAUUCAACGAACGAAUUUUACAAUCAAGAACCAUUGGAUUUAGAAGAUAGCAAAUCUCUACUACUUGACUCUUUGGUCUCAGGGAAUGGAAAUUCAUCCGCUAACUUAUAAAUUUAUUAUCAUUUACUGUUGCUUCUGAAGAAUAACUGAUGGAUAAGGCUGAGUCUCUUAACAUCAUUUGAAAAUAAAGGGAAAAAAUAAUAAUGUUUUUAUGAAAAUCUUAAUGAUUAAAUAAUAAGACUAAUUAUAAUAAAUAUGUUAAGUCCAUAAAUGAAACAUAAAUAAGCACUCGGAACGCACUUUUAUAAAAACGUAUAUCAUGAUAAAAUAAAAGCAGUUUAAAAUAUUUAAAUACUCAGCAAAUAACAAAAUGAAGUUUUAGAAAAACAAAAUCAUUUUUACUACAAUAAUUCUGUAAGAAAUAAAAUGUAUAAAUUUUUAUUAGAGAAUAGUCGAGUAGAUGGAGUAAAUAAUGAUAAAUUAUUUAAUGAUGACGUAGCGGCAAAGUUUUAUCUGACGGAAUUUAAAAUUUUAAAUGGUUACGGGCGAAUCGUUGUAUUAUUUAUUUUAUUUGCCGUGGAUAAACAUAAAAAAAUAAAUAUAUUUGCAUAGCAAUUGUUUCAGGGUAUUUUUAGACAGUUACCCCCACUUUUUUAAAAAUAUUCAAUGACAAACUGUCAUAGCCGUAUUCAAAUUUUGUUAAUUAAUUAAAAUAUAAGUGAAGCAUUUAUUGAGAUCAGAACAAUUUUAAGAUAUAGAUUUUCAAAAAAUUUACUUACUAUUGACAUCAAUUAGGAGUCGAACGUAAUUUGCUAAAUAAAUUUUAAAACACAAAAUUUGAAUUAUAAAAUUGAUAUUAAUAUUUAUAAUAAAUUUUACAACUGUAAGUAAUUUAUUUAUUUAAAAUCUGUACUUCAAUGAAAUCGUAACUACGUUGUCUUUUUUUUCAAUUAAUGUUUGAAUUCUUUUUCAAUUCAUUACUGAAAUUUUUCAUACCGUCAUGGCAGUUAAAAGUAAUUGAAUAUUUUUAAAAAGUGGGGAGUAUUGUCUGAGAAUGUUCUUAAGGGUAUUCUUAGACAGCGCUUCCCACUUUUUUAAAAAUUCAACAAACUAGAACUGUCAGAACAAUAUCAAAAUUUUAUUAACUAAUUAAAAAAUAAUUGAAAGUUUUUUUUUAAAUUACUUACAGUUGUCAUCAAUUAGGAGUUAAAUAAAAUUUGGUAGUUAAAAUUUAGAUUAGAAAAUUGACAUGAAUAACUCAUAAUUAAUAACAACUGUAAGGGCCAGUUUUUCAAACCGGGUUUUAAUUAUUAUUGAAAAAUUAGUCCUGAGUAAUUUUUUUAAAAAUCUGUAUUGCAGUAAAAUUUUAGAUAAGUUGUCCUUUUUUUAAUUAAUACUUUAACUUUAUUUUAAUUAAUUAUCAAAAUUUUAAUACUUAUGUCAGUUGAAAGUAAUAGACUAUUUUUAAAAUUGGCGGGUAUUGUCUGAGAAUACCCUCAAGGACAUUAUAUUUAUUAAUUAUUAUUAAGAUUGUUAUGAUCAAAUCAUUUAUUAAAUAAUCUUUAAAGAUCGACUUAAAAAUACAAAAUAUUGAUGAUUAAAUGUAAUAAAUUUAUAAAGAAAAAAAAAAAUAAUUUAAUAAAUUUCAAGAUUUUCAUCAACAAUAAUCAGAAUUUGAAAUCAAAAUGUAUAUUUACUUUUUUUAAAAUUUUAUUACAAAUAAAUCAAUCACACAAAAUAUAAUUUUGGUUUACACUUAAUUACUUUAAACUGCAAUAACUAUUUUAAUUUUUAUUAUUACUAUUCAUUUUGUCUACGUAUAAUAGAAUUUCUAUGGCAAUAAUAUUUAUUCUAUUAAGUAGAUAGUACCGUAAAAAAAAAUAAGAUUUCACUUAUUAUUAUUAUUAUUAUUAUUAUUAUUAUUAUUAUUAUUAUUAUUAUUAUUAUUAUUAUUAUUAUUAUUAUUAUUAUUAACUGUUAGAUUUUUUACAAUAACACUGACUUACUAUUUAACGUUUGGAUAGGGGUAGUAAAUAAUUAUUUUCACGUUUGUAAUAAGUGCCGUAUUUGUACAAUUAACGAGUAAUAAUCAACUAUAAAAUAAUAUUUAUACGAUCUGAUGAUAAAAGUAAUUAAUAAAAUACGUAAUUUUUAGUAGCAAUUACAUUUUAUAGAAAUCAGUUUUAUGAAAAUAAAAUUCUAAAAGUACGCCGUAAAAAGAGUAAUAAAUGAUAAUCAUAUUAAAUUAAAAUAUGAAUCACUGAUUAUAUAAAUUUAUUUUUUUUUCAUUAAAAAAAGUGGAAUAAAUAUUAUAUAACUUUUAAAUAAAACUAAAACUAUUUCUGAUUAAAAACUCCGGCUGAAAAAUUGUAAUUGGAAAUUUCUAAUUGAGUUUGAAAAGUUCCGAACUAAUUCUACUGAAAGUUAAUCAGAAAUCGGAAUAAAAUUAUCAAAAAUUUUUAUUCCCAGAUAAAAUCCGAAUCAAUCUGAUUGGAAAAUUUUAAUCAAUAUUCUUUUACAAUUUAAAUUCAAUCGAAAACUUUAAACUUUCCCGGGCAUUUUUGAUUGAGUUUUUGUUCUCGAUUGAAUCUGACUGAAACCCGAUUGAGUCAGUCGGAGUUUUUAAUCAGGGAAAAUUUUUGUUUCACUCAAUUGCUAGUUGAGAAAAAAAUUUUUUAUUACAUUACUUGAUUAUUUUUUUUACACUAAAUAGAAUACCAGAUAUUUCCACGCUUUUAUAAUAAUUAAUUAUGUUAAAGAGAUUAAAACUUAAUUAUUGUAAUGACUAUCUACGAAUUAUAUGGAGUUAUCAAUUAAACUCAAAUUAUUUUAAAAUUAUAUUAAUAUAAUAAUAAAUUAUAUAUCACUUUUUGCGGUGGUAUAUAUAUAGCCGCGAUCUAAAUU